AAUGCACUCCCUCCUUCCCGAAGGCAUCGGUGCUUCCUGUGUGGGAGCAGGAAACUUGGUGUAAGAGAGGCCUAAGGAAAAGAUGGCGGUGGCAGCAGCAGCAGCAGCAGAUGACACAAAGAGAGAGUGCGGCAGGAGGCUUGAAUGAAGAAUGGAUACGUCCACAAGGGAAAGUCAAGAGAGGGAAUGUGCAUUUGGUUCACAGUGCAAUGGCUACCAUAUUACAAUCCCAGAAGAAAUGCAUAAAAGACAGGAAAAGGAUAGGUGCCAUAUGCAUUUAAUUCUAAAUCAUACAAAGGCAUUCAGUUCUGAAUCAUACAAUGAACCUCAUUGCAAAAUUCAAACAGGGGAGAAACCAUAUCACUGUUUGGAGUGCGGGAAGACCUUCAGUCAUCAAAGUAAUCUUACUUGUCAUCAAAGAACUCACACAGGGGAGAAACCAUAUCAUUGUUUGGUGUGUGGAAGAAACUUCAGUCAGAAGGCACAUCUCACUCAACAUCAAAGAACCCACACUGGUGAGAAACCUUUUCAUUGUUUGGAGUGUGGAAAGAGCUUCAGUCAGAAGAUAAACCUCACUAAUCAUCAAAGAACUCACACAGGGGAGAAACCAUAUCAUUGUUUGGAGUGUGGGAAGAGCUUCAUUCAGAAGAUAAAUUUUACUAAUCAUCGAAGAACUCACACAGGAGAGAAACCAUAUUGUUGCUCAGAGUGUGGAAAGCGCUUCAGUCAGAAGGCACAUCUUACUCAACAUCAAAGAAUCCACACCGGGGAGAAACCAUAUCACUGUUUGGAGUGUGGAAAAAGCUUCAGUCAGAAGAUAAACCUCACUAAUCAUCAAAGGACCCACACAGGUGAGAUAUUAUAUCAUUGUUUGGAAUGUGGGAAGGGCUUUAGUCUGAAGAAAUAUCUAACUAAUCAUCAAAGAAAUCACACAGGGGAGAAACCAUAUCGUUGUUUGGAUUGUGGAAAGAGCUUCAAAAAGAAGACCUAUCUCACUUCUCAUCAAAUAACUCACACAGCCGAGAAACCAUAUCAUUGUUUGGAAUGUGGAAGGAGCUUCAACCAGAAGAUACAUCUAACUAAACAUCGAAGAACUCACACAGGGGAGAAACCAUAUCAUUGUCUGGAGUGUGGACAAAGCUUCAGUCGGAAGCGAACUCUCACUUUUCAUCGAAGAACUCACACAGAGGAAAAACUUGGAAUGUAAAAGAUUUCACAUGGGAGAAACUAUGUAAAUAAUUUGAAUGUGGUAAGAGCUUUAGUCAUCAGACAACUCUCAGUUUUCAUCAAAGAACUCUCUCACCUGAAAAACAGUAUGAAUGUUUGGAGUGUGGAAAAAAGUUCAGUGAGAAAGAAACUUUCUCAUCAAAGUCAUGUGGGAGGAUCUCUAAUACUUUUUAGAAUGUGGAUGAAAAUUAAAUCUGAAAAUACUUCUCGUUAAAGAACUUGCAAAUCAUAGAAAUGCGGGUAUGGAAUGAGAUUAAUUUGUAGUAAGAGGGUUCGGAAGAAGAAAAAUAUAUAUUCUAAUACUGAAUAAAUAUGUGCUAUUACUAAACUGAACACAGUGUGCCAUUGAAGAGGGUAGGCAUUUCUCUGUUAGCAAAGGCAAAUAGGAAAAAAAAAGUUUUGGCAGUAUAUUCCUCAAAAUUGUAUUGCUUAUAAAAAUGUCACCCAGUGAGCUAAUAAUGUGAAUCUGAUCAUAAGUGAUGUACUUCAUGAAGAGUAUAAUUGUGCCAAAUUUCAUUCUGCUGUGAUAAAAAUUGGAAUAGGUUCAGCAAGUUUAAAAAGUGCGUGCAAUUGACACAUUUAUCUCCUUUACUCCAAUUUUUAG